GGCUUCAGCAGCCUUGGAGAAGCAUCAGCUGAGAGGAGCAAUCACAUGGGAGCCGGGAGCUGCUCAGCGAAGGCGCUGUGGAGGGCACGGUCAGGUGGGCUGGAGUACUGGCCCUCGAGCCGGGGCACCUGGGUACGUACCCAGACCUUGCCGCCUUUGAUGCCUUCACGAGGAAACUGAAGUCCAGAAGAGUCACAGAGUCAGUAAUUCCCAGACCUGGGCCUGGAAACCAGAUCUCGUGUCCCUUCUACUCCCCAACAGCUCCUGCCAUUCUGAGAGACAAGAAAUCAGGAAAUUUACAUAAGCAACUUGAAAACCGGGGCCCUAUCCCGGAGCUCAGUGGGACCCUGGGAGAGGGAGAGAGAGGAUUUAGAAUCUCUGGAUAACAGUCCCUGAGAGAGGAGAAGGGUAUGGAGAACAGAGGCAAGGAAAAGAAAAAGGAGCGAGAGACCACUCAGAAGGUGGAGUGUUGAGUGAGUGAGGCUCCGGCGUCUCUCACGUCUCCUGCUUCUCCGAGGUCACCAAGGCAGACCAGAGCCACCUCUUGCCAGAGAGGAGAGAUGAGCUUCUGAGCGCUCAGUUCGGUGGUAUGCACAGCCCAGCCUGGAAGGCCGGCGAUUAGAGCCCAUCCGGGAGGCUCCAGCAGGAGGCGGCCUCUCCCCCCCGUUCCCCCCACACAAAAUUGGCAAGCCUGGGCCUGGGCUGGCCAUCCCAGGGUCACUGGACUAGGAUGGGGGAUGGGCCUGUGACAGGAGGUGCCCUGGGUGUCCUCUUUCGGCCCCAUGGAGUCCUCUCCCAUCCCCCAUUCAUCAGGGAACUCUUCCACUCUGGGGAGGGUCCCUCAAACCCCAGGUCCCUCUACGGCCAGUGGGGUCCCAGAGGUGGGGCUGAGGGACGUGGCCUCGGAAUCUGUGGCCCUCUUCUUCAUGCUCCUGCUGGACUUGAUCGCUGUGGCUGGCAAUGCUGCUGUGAUGGCUGUUAUCGCCAAGACACCCGCCCUCCGAAAAUUUGUCUUUGUCUUCCACCUCUGCCUGGUGGACCUGCUGGCCGCCCUGACCCUCAUGCCCCUGGCCAUGCUCUCCAGCUCUGCCCUCUUUGACCAUGACCUCUUCGGGGAGGUCGCCUGCCGCCUCUACUUGUUCCUGAGCAUAUGCUUUGUUAGCCUGGCCAUUCUCUCGGUGUCGGCCAUCAAUGUGGAGCGCUACUAUUACGUUGUCCACCCCAUGCGCUACGAGGUGCGCAUGACGCUGGGGCUGGUGGCCUCUGUGCUGGUGGGCGUGUGGGUGAAAGCCUUGGCCAUGGCUUCUGUGCCGGUGUUGGGAAGGGUCUCCCGGGAGGAGGGAGCUCCCAGCAUCCCCCCAGGCUGCUCACUCCAAUGGAGCCGCAGUGCCUACUGUCAGCUUUUUGUGGUGGUCUUUGCUGUCCUUUACUUCUUGUUGCCUCUGCUCCUCAUCCUUGUGGUCUACUGCAGCAUGUUCCGAGUAGCCCGAGUGGCUGCCAUGCAGCACGGACCGCUGCCCACAUGGAUGGAGACACCCCGGCAACGCUCUGAGUCUCUCAGCAGCCGCUCCACUAUGGUCACCAGCUCGGGGGCCCCCCAGACCACCCCGCACCGGACGUUCGGGGGAGGGAAGGCUGCAGUGGUCCUCCUGGCCGUGGGGGGACAGUUCCUGCUCUGUUGGUUGCCCUACUUUUCUUUCCACCUCUACGUUGCCCUGAGUGCUCAGCCCAUUUCGACUGGGCAGGUGGAGAACGUGGUGACCUGGAUCGGCUACUUCUGCUUCACUUCCAACCCGUUCUUUUAUGGAUGUCUCAACCGGCAGAUCCGGGGGGAGCUCAGCAAGCAGUUUGUCUGCUUCUUCAAGCCGGCUCCAGAGGAGGAGCUGAGGCUACCUAGCCGGGAGGGCUCCAUUGAGGAGAACUUUCUGCAGUUCCUUCAGGGUACAGGCUGUCCCACGGAGUCCUGGGUUUCCAGACCCCUCCCCAGCCCCAAGCAAGAGACACCUGCUGUGGACUUUCGAAUUCCAGGCCAGAUAGCUGAAGAGACCUCUGAGUUCCUGGAGCAACAACUCACCAGCGACAUCAUCAUGUCGGACAGCUACCUCCGUCCCGCCCCUUCACCUCGACUAGAAUCAUGACGGGCUUCUGGCCACUUGGAGGGAGAUGGGGCUGGGGCCACUUAUGACUGAAGGAACACCUUGUGGGAUCACCUGUUCCCGGCUAGCAGGGGCUGGGGCUGGGGUCUCUGCACACAGCUUUUGCUUAGUGUUUUCUGGGUCAGGAACAAUGCCAACAGGAUGAACGUGUGGCAAAAGCCUUGGACAUGGCUAUGAUCCUUGACUACUGGGGGAGGGAACCUGGUGAGAUGGUAAUGAGAAUAAAGGGUCACGAAGGUGAGAUGAUUCCUUUCAACCAGCGAACUUUCCAUGCCUCAGGAAGCAGAGAGACUCCCUAAGGGUAGGAGUUGGAGGAUAUAGAGCGGCAGGCCAGGUUUGGAGUUAUCCUGGGGAUUCUUUAGGAUAUUUCAUUUUUCAGUGUAAUUGUCCAGGGCAGUAACUGUACCCAAGCAAGGAGUGGCCUCCCUGAUCUCUCUCCUCAUGGCAGUGACCCACCUCCAGCCCCCUGGACAAUCGGGUACAAGAGACUAAGGUUGGGAAUGGGAAGGGUGGGGUUUCUAUGGUCCAUUAAAUGCCUCCCUACUCCCAUUCAUCGCUCUCAAAAUUAGCUUCAGUGACAAAGACUUAAAUCUCUCUCCUAUCUGCAGCCCUGGGCUGGAGAGAGGGCACGGGAGUUGGGUUCAGCUGUUCACUGAUUGAGACUGUAGGAACUUGUUGGCUGGUAUUGGUGGUGGUAUUUGCAAGGGAGGGGAAAUAGUUGCAAACUGGACAGGACGCCCAUCUGGGAUUACCUGUCCAUCCACUUCCCUCAGUUGAAUCAAGUAACAUUCAAGGGUUCAGGCAGGAACAGAGGGCGCUUUGAUCUGUAUUUGGACAAAUUCCUGCCUCAUUGAACAUUAAAGGGUAAGAUGGGCUGGUGGGAGUGGGAUAGUUUCCCCUUUGAAUGGCCAAUAAAUACUUAUUAUAAAAAGUUAUACUGAUAUCAACAUUUACUAUUUCAGUUCAAUUCAGUGCAUAAUAGUUGAAUACCUAGUAUUCUAUGGGCCCACAGAGUCACUGCCUUUGAGGAGUUCAUAGUCUAAUUUUAUCAGGUACCUUGUAUUUUUACAGAGCAUUUAUAUCUGGUAAAGCACUAAAGAAUGUUUGAGAAAUAUAUUGGAGCUCAGUCCACUGCAGUAAAGAUACCUACAUGGAAGCUUACUGUGGAUUGUGGAAAGUGUGAGGGUUGUAAAUGAAAUUCUAGUUGAGGAAAAGAAUUUAUUAACUGAAACUGGGCAAACAGCUUUCCCCUUUAGAUGUAGGAAAAUUUACAGGUUUGUCUUCCUACCACCAGACUUACUUUAGUCUAGAACCUAUUACACUGAGGAAAUCCCCUAGAUAGGAGAAUCUUUCAUGAUUGAAAAACAUGUAAUUCUCGCUCUCCUCCCUUUUAAGAUAAACUCAUAAGGGAGGCAUCUCAUUCGUAGAUAAGGGGGAAAAAACUCUUCUUCAAACAUCACAGAUCGGCUAGUAGGCCCUAAGUAUUGCCAGCAGGUGGCAGUGUGAGUCCAGUGGAAACAGGAAA